AUGGUAAUGAUCGAGAUCCAUUUUGUGUCCUUAUUGUUAACAUGUAUGAAGAACAGUAUCACAGAUGCGGUGAAGAGUUCCGGUUAUCACAACUCAUCCACUUGCUUUGUUACUCUGUCUCACCCCACAAAAUCCCCAAAAAUGCUGAAGACAAUUGGAAACUGCGUUAAAUCUGGCGGACAAAUCGUCCCGGAUAUCACUCGUCCAUAAGCCAUUUCUAAGCGGGGCUGGUUUAUAAAAGGAUGAACGGUCAGUACAGAUUUUCUUCAAGUUCAACAGCACUUCUUCGCUCUUCCAGCAGUUGUACCUUCUUCGACACACUUCCUCGCCUUCUAACCAUCCUCCGCUCUUAUAAAUCAAUGGAUUCCUUCACUGCCAUCGCAACCUACUUCACCACAUCCAAGGCUGAGGAAACCAACCUUGCACCUGAUGUUCCCACCGAUGAGGACUCUGGAAGCUCUGGAGGCAACUCCUACUGUGUCGUCGCUUAAAGUGACAUUAAUUGACGCACCUGCUACUUUCAUCCUAUCUAAUGUCAUAACAAUCAUUAUGCCACUUCGACUUUCGACUUCUUGGAUCACGACACACUCGCGAGAGUGUCAAUUCAGGACCUCUUUGCUAGAAAUGCGAUAGCAUCAUUUUUCCACAUUUGUACAUCAUGACCAGCAUCAUUCGCUCUCACUAUACCUUCGUUCUUAUUCCUGGCUGUUGUUUUAUUAUUUGAUUCUGGGAGGUCAUCUGUAUUUUGGGUAGAGGAGAUGUUGGGCUGUAUUGAGAUUACCAUUAGUUAUAUCAUUAUUACCUGGAUAUAUAUUGUUCAUUUCGGGUGACAUACUAGUGAAAUUAUUGACAAAUCGAAAGGAAAAUAUGUCUGAGUGAUGUAGUGA